AAUCUGCAUUAGGAUUGAGUCGACAAUUGCCAAAACAACAGCUCUAGCUUCUGUGUUAAUAAUUUGAAGAGAUCUUUUUAAAGUGUAACUACCAAAAAAGAACAUGUCUACUGAGAACCCACAGAGUUUAGUGCCGGAUUGGGUACAACCAGAAAUCUUCCUUGACGUGCUAAAAGAAUCUGUCAAAGGUUUCUCCAAAUCCAAGAGCUUCAAGGCCAGCGCCGCGUUGGCGCCUGGCGAAAAUUACGCGACUAUCAUGCUUCGAGUGAAUAUUCAAGUGGAGCUGGAAGAUGGUUCUGAGAAAGCGGUUUCCUAUAUGUUAAAGCUGCCUCAUCAGUCAGAAAUGUUCCAAAAGAUGUUAGAAGCUAACAAUAUAUUUGAAGCAGAGCGUACAAUAUAUAACACAAUUGUUCCCGAGAUGGAGCAAUUAUAUCGGGAUGCUGGCGUUGAAGUGAAAUUCGGUGCAAAAUCAUAUGACCUGAAAGAUGCGAAGACUGAUUACGUCUUACUCGAGGAUCUAGCUCCUCAGGGCUUUAAGAAUAUGGACCGUCGUGAAGGUUUGGACCAAGCACAUACUGAAGCAGCCCUACGGAAGUUGUCCCAAUGGCAUGCUGCCUCCGUUGUACGUGUUGUCAAUAUAGGACCAUAUCCCGAAAAGUAUAGCACUGGAUUUUACAAGGAAGAAAAUCGUCCGCUGAUCACACAAAUGGAUGAAAGCAUGGCGAAGGGUUUUAUAAAGUACUGUGAAACUUUUGAGGACAACCAUGAGUACGUAAAGCUAAUGAAAUCAUUGCAACCAAAGAUCACUGACUUGGGCUUUAAAAUUUCCAAACCAGACACCAAUGGACUUAAUGUAUUAAAUCAUGGAGACUUUUGGAGUAACAAUAUGAUGUUUACCCAUGAUUCAUUUGAAAAAAUUAAGGAGAUAUACCUGGUAGACUUCCAGAUGCCUAAGUAUGGAACUGUAGCGCAGGAUCUGUAUUAUUUUCUGCUUUCGUCAACAAAGUUUGAGGAUAAGUUGACUAAAUUUGAUUAUUAUAUCAAAUUUUAUCACGACAAUCUUGUGAAAAAUUUGAAGAUUCUUAAGUAUACAAAACCACUGCCAACAUUACGUGAAAUUCACCAAGCACUCUUCAAAUACGGAUUCUGGGGUUAUAUUACAGCGAUGGGAAUCAUGAGUGCAGUUUUGGUCGAUCCCAUAGAAACUGCCAGUUUUGAUAAUUUCUUUAACGAUUCCGAAGAGGGUGCCAGUUUCAAGUCAAUGCUCCACUCUAAUCCUCGUUACCAGAAGCAUAUGAAACUACUUUUGCCUUGGCUUUUAAAUCGCGGUGUGUUUGAGGAUCAUUAUUAUAGUACUUACAAAUUAACUAUGUCGGCUGAAAAACCAUCAAGUAUAGUGCCCGAUUGGGUGCAACCCGACAUCUUCGUUGACGUGUUAAGAGAAUCUGUCAAAGGUUUUUCUAAAAUCAUCAGCUUCAAGGCCAACGGCGGCUUGGCACCUGGAGAAAACUACGCGACUGUCAUGCUUCGAGUGACUUUUCAAGUCGAGCUGGAAGAUGGUUCUGAGAAAUCGGUUUCCUAUAUGUUAAAGCUCCCUCAUCAGUCGGAAAUGUUCCUUAAGAUGCUGGAAUGCAACAAUAUCUUUGAGUAUGAGCGUACUGUGUAUAAAACAAUUAUUCCCGAGAUGGAGCAAUUGUAUCGUGAUGUUGGUGUAGAUGUAAAAUUUGGUGCGAAAUCCUAUGAUCUGAAGAAUGCAAAGUCAGAGUAUGUCUUACUAGAGGAUCUUGCUCCUCAAGGGUUUAAGAACAUGAACCGAAUUCAAGGACUGGAUCAAGCUCAUACUGAAUCAGCCUUGCGGAAGUUAUCGCAAUGGCAUGCUGCCUCCGUUGCUCGAGUUGCCUUAAAAGGUCCCUAUCCAAAACAGUAUAUUGUUGGAUUUUUCAAAGAAGAAAACCUCGAAAUGAUUAAGGAAAUGAAUCAUAAUCUAUCAACGAACUUCCUCAAAAGCUGUGAGACAUACGAGAAUAACGAAGAAUACAUUGAGCAUGUGAGAGCAGCACAGCCGAUGAUCACCGAUAUGUGCUUCAAAAUGUCUGAACCAGAUACAACUGGGCUUAAUGUAUUAAAUCAUGGAGAUUUUUGGAAUAACAACAUGAUGUUCUCUCACGAUUCGAAUGGCCAAAUAGAGCAGAUAUAUCUUGUUGAUUUUCAGAUGCCCAAGUAUGGGAGUGUGGCUCAGGAUCUGUACUAUUUUCUAUUCUCAUCGACUAAAUUUGAGGAUAAGUUGUCUAAAUUUGAUUAUUAUAUCAAGUUUUAUCACCAGAAUCUCGUGGAGAAUCUCAAGCUACUGAAAUACACAAAGCCUUUGCCAACUUUACGUGAAAUCCACAUUUCCCUCUUGAAAUAUGGUUUCUGGGGUUAUCUUACUGCGACGGGUGUUAUGAGUGCUAUUCUCGUUGAUCCCACGGAAAAUGCUAGUUUUGAUAACUUUCUCAGUGAUUCAGCCGAAGGCGAUGCCUUCAAAACAAUGAUCUAUACCAAUCCUCGAUAUCAGAAGCAUAUGAAAUCUAUAUUACCUUGGUUAUUAAAUCGUGGUAUACCCUUGCUUAAAUGCAGAAAAACCAUUAGAGUCGUAUUCGCAAUUCCGAACACAAUAAUGGCAACUGAAGUUUCUGACAAUAAAGUGCCUGCUUGGCUGCAACCCGAAAUCUUCACUGAUGUGUUAAAAGAAUCUUUUAAGGGGUUCUCGAAAGUCAAAAGUUUCAAGGCCGAAAGCGGACUUGCGGCUGGCGAAAACUACACGACUAUCAUGCUGCGAGUGAAUAUUGAAAUCGGGUUGGAAGACGGUUCCGAGAAAUCGGUUUCCUAUAUGCUGAAACUACCUCAUCAAUCGGAAAUAUACCAAAAGAUGUUAGAAGCUAACAAUAUCUUUGAGGCAGAGCGCACAAUAUACAAUACAAUUAUUCCCGAGAUGGAGCAAUUGUAUCGGGAUGUUGGUAUGGAAGUGAAAUUCGGACCGAAAUCAUACGAUUUGAAGAAUGCCAAGACGGACUACGUUCUACUCGAGGAUCUAUCUCCUCGUGGUUUUAAGAACAUGAAUCGACUAGAAGGUUUGGAUCAAGCACAUACUGAAUCAGCUCUUGAAAAAUUGUCCCAAUGGCAUGCUGCAUCAGCUACUCGGGUAGCCAAUUUGGGACCUUAUACAGAUAAGUAUACUAUAGGGUUCUUCAGAGAAGAUGUUCGUCCCCUUAUGACGGAAGUCAACAAUAAUAUAUUUAAUAGCUUCCUAAAGAGCUGCGUCAAAUACGAGGACAAUGAGGAAUACAUAGAACAAGUGAAAGCUGUUGGACUCAAGUUCACUGAUAACUGCUAUAAAAUGGCUGAACCCGAUUUGCCUGGCUUCAAUGCCUUAAAUCAUGGAGACUACUGGAGCAACAAUAUUAUGUUUUCUCAUGAUUCGUUUGGAAAAAUUAAGGAAACAUUUAUGGUAGAUUUUCAGUUGUCCAAAUACGGAAGUGUUGCACGAGAUCUGUACUACUUUCUUUUGUCCUCAACUCCAUACGAGGAUAAAUUAACUAAAUUUGAUUAUUAUAUCAAAUAUUAUCAUGACAAUCUUGUGGAAAAUCUGAAAAAGCUAAAGUACGCAAAACCCUUGCCAUCUCUACGUGAAAUUCACAUCUUGCUUUUCAAAUAUGGUUUCUGGGGUUUUUAUACCGCAACUGGUGUUAUGGGCUCUGUUUUGGUAGACUCCACAGAAAGUGCGAGUAUUGACAACAUUGUCAGCGAUUCAGAUGCGGGAGCUGAUUUUAAGGCAUUGAUCUACACUAAUCCUCGAUAUCGGAAGCACAUUAAAAUGGUUUUGCCAUGGUUAUUAAAUCGUGGAGCGUUUGAAGAAUAUUAAAUCAAACAUAUGUAUGUUAUAUGUGUGUUGAUACUUUCAUAUUUUGAAGUACCUUAAUAAAGUUUUUAUAAGUGUUCUUGGCACUAUCAAUUCUGAUGAGUAAUGCAAUUUUAACAGUAUUAAUGUGAUUAUUACUUUCAAAUAAUGAUA